GCGCAAGAAAAUAAAAUAAAUUGCAGACUUAAAAUGUGCAAGAGAGGCAUGCGUGAAUAUAUUGCAUACACAUCGUCGUCAACAACAGCGGGAACUCACAUCCGUUUGUCCACACUGGGUGCAACAUGGCAUCUCACGUCAUACACGAACUAGAAACUUCGGCACAAAUUUUACUCGCCCCCCCACAGUUAGUGACAAAAGAGCAGAGGCACGAUGCUGAACGAGUGUUCCUCAGUUUUCAAAACACCCGGUCACCCUUCGACCUCUGCAAGAGCAUUCUCGAGACUAGCCGUGCGCCGUACGUGCAGUUCCAAGCGGCUGCUUUACUCAAACAAGCGGUGAUUCGGGAAUGGAAUCAGUUGCAGGACCUCUCAGCACUGAGGGACUACGUCCUACAGUAUUUGACUCAGCGUCCUGAUAUCGAAAGCUAUGUCCGCGAGGAACUGGUCCUCGUAGUCGCGAUCAUGGUGAAACGAAGCAGCGUCGACGGCGACACUCAAAUCAUCCACACUCUGCUGAACAACGUGUCGCAGCUCAUCACAUCGGGGGCCACACAUCUUCAAACUGUAGGAUGUUCGUUGUUGAGCGCGCUGCUGACAGAGUUCUCCAGCUCAACGCGGGCGACUGACGUUGGGCUCAGGUGGGAGGUGCAUUUGUGCGCGAAGAAGUCGUUUGAGACGACACACCUGAAGAAGAUCUUCCAAUUUUGCCUUCAAGGGCUGAGCGAAACGCAACAGCUGGCAUCGGGCGGUGCUCUGUCCUCUCCUCCCAUCCGCAACCUUCUCAGGAAACUGCUUCUCUUGGCCGAACAAGUUCUGUCGUGGAACUUUCACUUUGCCAUGCUCUUACCACGGAAGUUGGUGGGAUUAUUUGAGUCUCAGCAGUGCCCGACGCUGCGUCCUGGCGCCGAGUGGAAAGACAUCUUCAUCGAUCAGAACGUCCCGCAGUUUUUCUUCAAGGUGUACGAAGCUGUGUGGCAAGAGCCGGAAUUAGCCCACCCGACGCUGCAGUGCCUGCAGCAGUUGGCAACACUGAACGGUGCAGUUACAGGAGGGAAAGAGGAUCGGACGACAUACCUGGGCCGUUUCCUGGAAGGGGGACUGCUAGACCUCAUGGCUACCGUGACCACGAGGACCAUUUCUGCGCAGCUGGGAGUUGCUCAAGUGUUGGGACGGCUGUCUUUGUUCUUCCCUCCGCCUGUGCUGUCUCGGCUACCAGAACCCCUGGUGCUGACCUUCCUGGAACGGCUAGAAGGCCUGAGCUGCCACCUGGUGGGGCUCGUGGGCAGCGCUCCAGAGGAGGAAGAGAUGGUGCAGGAAGCCCUGGAACAUGCCCUCGAUGCGUGGGUGCCCCUCCUUCAGGACACUCAGAUCUUUGAAGGCAAGCUUGUGCAGGGGUCGCAGAUCUUCCCCCUGUUCCUGAGACGUCAUAUAGCACCACCAGAUGGCACACGUAACGUGGCAGAGGAUAACCAGGAGAUAGCGGAAGAGGAAGAAGAUGAUCGCGUUCGCUUCAAAGAUCAGCUCGCCGUGAUUGGGCUUCUCGGGAGGCAUCGCCUAGAAGCGAGCUUACCUCUGCUCACGAGCAUCAUGGAGGAUCGCGUUGGCCGUCUGCAGUGCAUGCUGCACCAGGCUCAGCAGCAGGCCCUCAGUCCAAAUGAUGGUCUCACUCUCAAUGCUCUCAAUGAGGAUCUUCACUGGGCUCUCAUGAUUACUGGUCACACUCUGACCACGGUGAGCGACGGAGAAACGACUCUGAUCCCAUCGGAGGUGAUGCAGUACUCGCUCAAGUGUGCACCACAAGUUGAUAAAGAGGCCACGUUGAGGUUGCUCUCUGGACAAGGCGUUCCAGGCACUGAACAGGCCACUGAUCCUAUUGUCAGGCUAACGGUAGCCGCUUUCCGUCUCUGCGAGGUGGAACGCGGAGCCCUCGAAGCCAACCUGAGCCACUUGCUGAGCCCGGAAGUAGCCACAAGCUUGGUCUGGUUUCUGAGACGUUGGGCAGCGACGUAUCUCCUCCCGAACGAAUCCUAUUACACUGAACUGAGCCCCGUCCUGGUGGCGGCUUUCGGACGGGACACGGAGGCCGGGACGUGGGUGCUCAAUUUUCUGCUGGGAAAGCUCAAGAGUAAUCUGGAACACUGGGCGGCCGAGCCGGACUUGGUGUUGUCCUCCAGCCUCACGCUCGUUUCAUUGCUCAACAAUGUUGAAAGGGGCCACCAGGCUGCUUCUUGUCCUAACCUGGCAGAACUUGUCCGUCUGCAAGCAGAAGGCCGUUUUGCAGCUCUAGCCCCUGCUGCCAAGAGAGCUCUGCUCAAGGCACUGGUCAUAGCAGGAACUGCCAACCGUUCGGAAGAAAGUUCUCAUUACUGGGACCGCCUGUUGGGGCCACUACGCGACAGGUUUCAGGCCUUGGUCGGGGCCCCCUGUUUCCAGACGGAGUAUGCAACGCCGCAAGUGCGCGAAAGGGUCCUGGACCUCCUGGAAAGUCUGACUGGUCUUGUUGAAGGGAUCACCGCGCAAAAUCUGUCAACCCUGCAACCCUUUGUGCUUCCCCUGCUGAGGGAACUGGUCCCACUGGUGGGCCUCUACCACAACUACACUACAGUAGCGUCAGCCUGCCUGCAGGUGUUGCGGGCAGCUGUGCGGCGCAUGCUGUGCUUCCUCUCUGCGGCCGACUCAAACCAGGUCUACGAGUGUUGCCUCAACAUGAUCAAGGAAUACGCAAAACAUAACACAGGGAAGGUAACGGUGGAGGCAUCUGCAGAGGAGAACCAGUAUCAGGACGUUCUGGACCUCAUGGAACUUCUUAUGGAACUGCUGUCGAAAGACUUCUGCCAGUUUCCUCCACCAACUAUUAUGCUUGGACCCGGUCAGCUGCUGGUGAUGUCCCGCCCAGAGUCUGGAGACGAACCGCAGACAUGUGCCUCAGACGUUGCUCUCUACGGCCUCAACAUCCUCAUGCCUAUAAUGAGCAUAGAACUACUCAAGUUUCCGAGCCUAUGCCUGCAGUAUUUCAAGUUGGUGACGCUGAUAGGAGAAAUCUACCCCAACAAGAUAUGCCAACUGCCUGAGAACCUCUUUCAGAACCUCAUGUCUUCCAUUCAAAUUGGUCUCACACAGUUUACUGCGGAGGUGUCCAGCAUCUGCCUCGAUUUUCUCUCAGUUCUGGGAAUCCACGUGUACAAGGCUAAACUCUUUGGAUCCCAGGCACAUCAUGCUCUAGAGCCUUUCCUCAAGAUGGUGCUCGAGAUGGUGUUACUGCAGCCCUUGGACGCGGAACUGACGCAGACGGCUGGCAACGCGUUGUUCACACUAAUUUGCUGCUUCCACGAACAGUUUCAAGAAUUAGGACGUGUCCUGGUGGCCAGUCAGGCAGACGCAGCGACUGGCGAGCGCCUCGCCAGGGCCCUGCAGGCGCUCGGGCUCAACUCCGGAACCCCGCCGGCGCCCGACCGUGCCCAGCGCAUGCGGUUCAGGGAGAAUUUUGAGACGUUCGUGGCGGACGUACGAGGGUUCCUUUGUGUGAAAUGACGGCUCUGCGUGCAAUCAAGAUCAUCAUCAUCUCUGUACAAAGCUUUCAUAAAAGUUUCUUUUUGCAUUGUU